AUGGAAGAAGCUAAGGUGGAAGCAAAAGACGGAACCAUCUCCGUCGCUACUGCAUUUGCCGGUCACCAACAAGCUGUGCAAGACAGUGACCACAAGUUCCUGACCCAAGCUGUUGAAGAAGCUUACAAGGGUGUUGACUGUGGUGAUGGUGGCCCUUUUGGCGCUGUCAUUGUUCAUAAGAAUGAGGUCGUCGCUAGCUGCCACAACAUGGUUUUGAAAUACACUGACCCUACUGCACAUGCCGAAGUCACCGCCAUUAGAGAGGCAUGCAAGAAACUUAACCAAAUCGAGCUAUCAGAAUGCGAAAUUUACGCAUCCUGUGAGCCAUGUCCCAUGUGUUUCGGAGCCAUCCAUCUCUCCAGACUCAAGAGAUUGGUAUACGGAGCGAAAGCUGAAGCAGCCAUAGCCAUAGGGUUUGAUGACUUUAUAGCUGAUGCUCUGAGAGGCACUGGUGUGUACCAGAAAUCGAACCUGGAGAUCAAGAAAGCAGACGGGAAUGGAGCUGCGAUUGCUGAACAAGUGUUCCAGAACACCAAGGAGAAGUUCCGUUUAUACUAG